AUGUUGAAUGCUUUAAGGGAAGAAAAUAAAGAAGGCUUCGUUGAUGGAAUAUUGAAGAUGCCAACGUUCGGCACCCCUGAGGCAACAUAUUGGAAGAUGGAUAGCUUGAUUGUUAAUGACCAUGUAAGGCCAUUGAUUGCCGCGUUUACUACCGUCGUUGUGGUUGUUGCCUGCCAAAUUGAGGAUGUGCAUGUCUCUAGGUCAGGGAGAAGUAAGGAACCAUCCAUGUUUCGAGACUUGACUAGGAAAAAACAUAUGGAGCGUAUUUUAAGGAGUGGUCAUGACUAUUGCGUGAGCUAUCUUAGGAUGGAUGUAGGUCCUUUUAUGCAUCUAGCCUCGAUCAUGCGUGACAAGCAUCUCCUUCAGGUCACGCGGCACAUAUCUGUGGAGGAACAAUUAGCCAUGUUCUUACAUAUUGUUGGUCAUAACACAAAAAAUAGGACUAUGAGAAUUGAGUUUGUCCGAUCUGGGGAAACGAUUAGUCAAUAUUUUAAUUGCAUGCUCAGAGCUGUUUGUGCCAUUCGAGAUGAUUUUGUUCAUUCCCUUAGCUCCAAUUGUUAUCCAGAAAUUGAAUAUAACCCCAACUGGUAUCCAUUCUUCAAAGACUGUAUAGGUUUGUUCGAUGGGACGCAUAUUGAUGCGUCCGUCCCACCUCAAGCAAUGCCUCGGUUUCGUGGUCGUAAAGGCCCAACCCAAAAUGUGUUGGCUGUUGUGAACCCUGAUUUGCAGUUCACUUAUGUGUUGGCGGGUUGGGAGGGAUCAGCGAAUGACUUCACUGUCCUAAAAGAUGCACUAGAAAGACCACAACCUGAAGGAUUAAAACUGAUAGAAGGGAAGUAUUAUCUUGUAGACGCCGGUUAUACUACUAUGCAAGGGUUCAUAGCACCGUAUCGAGGUGUUAGGACACAGGUUAAAUUAGUUCUUGCAUAUUGCAUAGUGCAUAACUAUAUAGUAGGUGUCGACCCAAACGAUAUGUUGAUGUAUGAAGAAAGCACACAAAAUGAUGAGCAAAUCAUGUUAACACAGCCCCGGUCACAGCGAGAACAAUGGGAAGAGAAUCGCCAAUGGAUUGAACUUAGAGAUAAGAUAGCAAACGACAUAUGGAUGAUUUAUAGUGGUUUUGUGUGA